GAAGCUUUUAUUAUUUAAGCUUAAUUAGAACGAUUCACACCUUCCAACAUAUUCAGCAUGUCAUUCCUGUAUUUGAUUUUAUACCUUUCGGUAAAUCAUAUUUUGCGAUGUGCCGGUGAAUGUAAAAUCCCGAUGCAAGACCCCUAUUCACAACUCAGCACAACAUUUUUGAAAGGGUACUGGUAUGAGCACCUCUACACAACAAAGGUGUUAAAAAAUGACCCCUGUUCGCACUUUGAAAUAAAGUGUGCGAGCGCCAACCAAUCAUGCGAGAUUCGAAAUGAAAUAUGGAAAUCCUACUUAAUUAUCCACCUUUGGAAUGGCACAAUUACGCAGAACGAUUCGAGGGUUAUUUUAACGCAAAACCCCGAUGAAGAACCAGUGAGUUACGACAUCAAUCUGAAGUUUUUUGGUGACGACAUGCUCAUGUGGUCCUGCAACGACACCGAUUUAGCAUUCGCAUCUGUGCUCCGCAGAAUGAAGACGGACGAUGAAAUGGAAAACAUCUGGGACGAAGCGUACGCCGAUAUGACUUUUCCGGCCAUAAUUGAAAACAUCCCCGCAGGAAUUUGGACAAAAAACGAUCCAUCCAAGUGCCAGAAUGAUGCCCCUAAAUAUGCACCCGGCACGUUAAUGUAUGUGUUGUUUGUGGUCAUCAAUGUUCGAAAAUUAUGAAUGUUCUUGAUCUGUUCAUUAGUAAGUGGUGUGUAAUAUUGGGCCAGUAAUUAACGUGUUUUGCUCAGUGAAAAACGUUGCUUUCCUCUGUUUUAAAUACAUGUUGAUGUAUUUGAAUAAAGACCACUUACAGCAUUUGAA